UGGGUGUGCUCGGUCAGUCAAAAUCCCUAACUUUUACUGAGCGGACACCGAGCCCGGCCGCCGCCGCCGCCGUACCCUGUUGCCACCAUCACUGCACUGGUUUUUGCCGUCCAAUCGGCGGGCGGGCGUCACCAGGAGCUAUUCUCCAGGAGCUAUUCUCGACGCUGGAGACCUCUUCCGUCGCCGGCAUUCCUCCUCCCAGGCUUGCGCAAGCUUGCUGCGUUGGGGUUUCGAUCUGGCAACUGCCUUCUUCCAAAACUUGUCUUCGCGAGACGCGAGGUGCUUUGUAGGAGUGCCCGCUGACGGUUUUUCCUCGUAUCUGGCGAGCUUGUGAGUUGUUCUCUCCGGCGACGUUCUGCUAAAAAAGAGUUUUCUUUGCCCUGCGUGGCAGUUUGCUUCUUCUGGCAGUGAUUGCCUUUGUUGGAAGUUGGCUGUUGGGCUUCUUGUGUGGUUGUUUGACACGAUGGCAGGAGAACGUAAGAAACCAACAGCGGCGGAGAAAGGAAAAGCAAUAAUGGUAGAAGAAAAGAAAAGAGAUAAGGCCUUUGAAGCUGCAGUAAAUGCUGCCCAUGCGGCAGAACGUCGUCGCCCAAGAGAACUUGUCAUUCAUGAACCGCCAGCCACUGCUGCAGAGUCACCUGCAGGGCUUCGUCGAUCUGAACGCAACCGCACUGCCUCCACUGGGAUGGACGCUAGAGGUACCCCAGGGUCUCGGAAGAGGGCACGGGAUGAUGUUGUAGUGCCUCCAACUGCUCCUCCCCCACCUCCUAUUGUGGAUGGAGACGAUUAUCGUGGAUUGCUUUCAAAAGCAUUAAGCUCUGUUGUGACGGUUGCAUCUGACAUGUCUGUCGGUUCGUCAACGGCAACAGCAUACCGUACUGGUUUGAUUCUUGUAGAUGAGGAAAACUACACUUUGGUACUUACUAUUCAUAAACAUCAUGCGGAUGGGUUUACUGGUAAAUUUAUUGUCUACUUUGGAGGAGAAAAGUAUCAAACUGAAGCCUAUUUGCUUUCAAGGAUUGUUGAAAAUGACCUUGCGAUAUUGAUUGUUCAAACUGAUAAAAGGCAUGAGGUUGUCAAAUUUAGUUGUGAUCCUUUAAGCUAUGAAGUUAUUUUCACGGUUUGUGCAACGAGUGGUACCAAAUUGAAUGAUAAAGCCAAUGCACCACUGGUUAAGGAAUUGAAUGGUAGUCUUGGUAUAUAUAAAGGGACAGUGGGAACUCCAUGUUGUGAUGCAUUGGAUGCUUGUUAUGAACAUAUAGUUGGAUCUGAAAAAUAUUUCCAAUUUGGUUUAUCACGUCAUGAUGACAUUAUUACUUUGAAGAAUAUCGAUGCUGAGAGACAUACAGCAGAAAUAGCAGUGUCAGCACCUGUAUUUCGUUUGAAUGGUGAAGCAGCUGGUCUGUUAUUUUCGGAGGGUGGCUGGACCGAUUCGAAAAUUGGGCUGCUUGCAAAAAGUAUCAUCUUGUGCAUGAAAAAAAAUUUUGGAUCAGAGUGGGAGGAGAAUCUGAAGGAUGAGGCAGAAUAUUGGUUGAUUCGAAGACGAUAGAGAGCUUCAGGAGCUUACCGUUUGAAGCAAUAUCACAUAGUUUGCUGUUUGACCUUUUGUUGGGGCUUGCCCUUUGAUGAUUUAAAGCAACUGAUGGUAACUUGUUGGCGCUGUGCUAUCCCAAGUUCAAGCUUUAUCAAACUGCAGCAACUCCAUGUCAACAAUGCAAGCUUAAUUAUCUAUUUAUGUAUCUCCUUUUGGUUGUAAUACUUAAAUUGCUACUCACUAGUAUUACAACUAUCACUAUGGUUGAGUAGUCACGAACAUGUAAUAUGUGAUGAACUCACUAAUUUAGUAGUAUGUAUGGGUGUAGCCGUGUGGCUGUCAUGUGGUGGAGACUCGGUAAUUCCUAGCUGGUAUGCUGUACUGUAUGUGAACUCGUGAAAUUGGUCACUUGGUGUUUUGUAAUGAUGGAUUUACCUAUUAGACUUUGAUCAGGUGUUCAUGUAGCAUGUUUGUUUGAUGAA